AGUCGUAGUUGGCUCAGACACAACUCUGAUCGCCCGCAGCUAGUCGCAGUUUGUGCGCGAUGCUUGUCUCUGCGCGAGUGGCAGUGAGGCGCCUGGUGCCUUCCAUGAGGCCUUUGCCUCGAAGCUUCAGCGCAUUUGGUAGCACGUCAUCUGCCUCUGUUGAUCGCAUUUUUCAGCUUUUUCAGAAGCAUGGCUGUGGGGACUACAUCGGUGAGGAGAUCUCGCAGCUGGAGCAUGCACUGCAAGCUGCAGACCUGGCACAGAGGUCUGGACUUGGACAAGAGGCCACUAUCGCAGCGCUACUACAUGAUGUGGGACACUUGCUAGGCAUGGACGAUCCCUCAAGCGCUCGGAUGGAGGAUUGCGGGGUGGUGGACCAUGAGAAGCUCGGUGGUCAAUGGCUGCAGAGCCUCGGUUUCUCCCAGAAGGUGUGCGAUUUGGUGGCCCGGCACGUGGAUGGUAAGCGCUACCUAUGUGCCGUGAGGAAAGACUACCACAAGACGCUCAGCGAGGCAUCCAAGACCACCUUGAGACAUCAAGGUGGCCCCAUGACGGCUGAGGUUAACACUGCGGAGGUUUGCGUGGCAAAGGGGUAUGGCAUGGAGGUAUGGCAAACAGGGUCGUCAAGAAUUUGGACUCGCUGCUGGCCUGUUAAAAGUAGCCUGCAUUUAUAUGCAAAACCUAUCUAUAUGAGACUAUAUAUAAUACUAUAUGAUAUAUGCAGCAUGGAAUGCUGCUAUGCAUAAGUUGCGUGUUCAAGGAAUUAGUUGCUGAUCUGUGUGGUGAGGAGGCCAAUGCCUUUGAGAAGGAGGAGCUGCACAAGAUCAUCGUGGCGAUGCGACAUUGGGAUGAGGCUGCCAAGGUGAAAGGCAAAGAGGUGCCAAGCCUGGAGACCUAUCGAGAGCUCAUCGAGAAGAACCUAAUUCCUUCACCAGCUUAAGCCGCAGUGCUGCGGCUAUGCCUUCUGGCUGCUCUUCACCCAAAGAUGGUUUGAGUGGAUCUGGGUGAUGCAGUUUUGACACCUCACAUUAUGCUUGGAGCAUUGCAAGUCGGGGGAGUCAUUGCAAGUCGUUACCCGCAGCUUUUGUGGCUCGUGGGCGAAAUCGCCCAUGUAGGCUAUGAAAUCCGAGCUCGAAGGAGCUCGGAUUUGGUCACUUCAGACCUUAGCAAAGCAAAACGACAGCAGC